CUCGCUCACUCUCCGGACGGACGGCAAGCUGUAUGCUUCGGGCGGCAUCGGCGACGAGGACGAGUGGGAGGACGAGGACGACGAGCCACGAGUCUUCGGCUCCUUCUCGCUCCAGCCGGCGGCCGAUGAUAGCCAUCCCGCGAGGGGCGCAGGCGAUGGCCCAGACGAGGGAGGUGCCGCCGUCGAGGUUCCCACCCUCCAGCAGCCCCGUGCUCCCGAGCAGCGCGAGAAGAUGGAGGAGGAGCUUCAUCGAGAGCGGGAAGCGCAAAAGAGGAGGGAAGAGGAGGGCAUCCGCUUGUGGGCGGAAGAGCGCCGGGCGGAAGACGAAAAGGCGCGGGCGAAGGCGCUGGUGGAGGCGAAGGCGCAGGCGGAGGCGGAAGGGAGGAAGCCAGCGACACGAGAGACUGGAGUGGUCCUGUCCGGCGGCGAGGACCCCGCGGCGAGGCCAGCCGUCGACGCGCUGCACAAGAUCUUUGUGGAGGUCAAGACGCCGCGCUUGUCGCCCGAGGAGGUGCAACUGCUGACCUCUCAGGGGCGGAUCGUCACGGGCGGCGCGGUUGUCCUCUUCGACGAGCACGCCCAGUUCGACGCGCCGCUGGCGCAGGCGGCAGAGCUGGAGCGGCAGGCCAACGACGCGGUCCGCCGCUUCUACGACGGCUUCGCCGAGCGGAAUGCGCGCGGCGAGUUGGCCAUCGCUCGGCUCGGGGACAAGCGGCUCCCCGGCUUCUCCGAGGACGGGACGCCGGAGGAGGGCGCGCUCGCCCCCGGCGCAUUUCCGUCGCUCGCCGUGUUCCGCUCGCCCUUCCAGAGACUCUCUCCCAGGCACUGCCAGUCGCUCGCCGCGCUGCACGAGUGCGCCCACAACGAGGCAGCGAUGCUCGAGCACUGCCGCGCAGAGUGCGCCGACAUCGAGCAGGGCGGCGCGGCGCUCUCCAAGCACGCGCUGCACUCGACCCUCACAAAGUCGCACGCGCAGGGCGGCGGCUCCUUCUUCUCCGAAGAGGACGUCGGCCACCUCUGCAACGUCAUCGACGUGGCGGCGACGAGCGAGGCGGCGUGGGCGCUCGUGCGGGCAGGCACGUCGGCGCCGCUGCAGCACCUCCUCCUCACGCGCGACGCUGGCGGCACGCUGGCCGUCAUCCUCUCGCUCGGCUGCGUCGGCAAGGACGGCAUCCACCUGCUGCAGCGGCACGGCUCGACCGUCUCGCACCAGAUGCCAAAGGGUCCGCCGACGCCCGGGGCCCCGCCGCCUUCGCUCGACAGGGCCGCGCUGCUGGAGGUGUCGCAGCGCAUCCGCGCCCAGAGCACCAGGAAGGGGGAUAAUGCCUUGGCGGAGCAACUCGAACGGGCCGCCGCGUCGCUGCCGCCGCCUGCCCGGCUUCGGCCGGCGGCAAGCUCACGAGGAGACGAGGUCGUCUACUCGUAACUCGAGUUGUGUAUUUGGCCGGGGAUUUUUUUCUCUCCGGCGCGGGAUACGUAACUUCGGGCCCGUGCGCCGUGCGGCCGUGCGAAAUCUCGCUGACGCUGUGUGCCACUUGCCACACCCCGCAGUGGCUCUGCCAAUCGGGACGAUGGGUUUGGCAAUGCCGGACCUGGGUCCUGGCAGACCUGCUCGACCGGACGCCGUAACGUCUAAUAAGAGGGAAGAGUGGGUCUCACAGAGCCGCCGCGUAGAGGGUUUGCCGAGCCCGAGGGUGGGGCAGGGGGAGUUCAUUCUAUCUACAUUC